AUGUGCGCGGAAGACGUUGAGAAGCUUGUGAAUGACCGACUUCGAGACUUGAAGACUGGCGGGAACCUCGAGGAUGCACUAUGUAAGGAGAUGGACCAGGUGAUCUCUACUCCUUUCACCCCUGAAAUCGAGCAGGCUGCUCCCCCGAAGCGAUUCUCAACGCCUUUGUUUACGCAUUUCAAGGGAGAUUCCGAUCCCGAGAGCCACCUAAAACACUUCAAAAGUGUCAUGAUCCUCCACAAGGCCGACGAUGCACUAAUGUGCAAGGCUUUCAAGGAGCUUGCCUAUGUCUUCAUUAAAGAAUCCACUUUUUAUCAGACGAUCAAGAAGAACCCAGAUCAUUUGUUCAACUUGUGCAAGAAACCCGACAAAUCCAUUCGAGAUUACAUCAAGAGGUUCAAAGAAGAAAAGGCCAACAUCGUAGGGUGCAACGACCAAAUCGCAUCAUCUGCCUUCAAGAAAGGUCUUCCAGCAGAACACGAGUUAUACUGCGAGCUGACUAUCACUCCCAGCCAGACUUUAGCAAAGGUCUUCGCGACCACAGAACGCUACGCGCUCUGGGAUGACGAUCCAAUUACCGCGAAGAAGUCCAUUGAGCAGGGAGAUCGGCCGACCAAGCGGGCGGGCCAAAGAAGCGAUGGAUUUAGCAACAAGAAUAAGGACAAGCGCAGGUCACACCCACAAGGGGACGCUAAGGCAGGAGAGAACUACACCAAGUUCACCAUCCUUAUACAUCAAAUCCUAGGCCAAGUGAAAAACAAACCUUGGGUAAGAAGACCGCCACCAUUGAAAGGAGAUCCAGACAUGAGGGAUACUACACUACUACGUUUCACCAUUUGCGCGAUGAAAGAUUGCGCGAUGAAGAACAAUUCGUCGCUCAAAACAUACUGGCGCGACGAAAGAAAAUAUUCGUCGCGCAAUCCACUGAAAAUUUGCAUGACCAAAUUUUUCGUCGCACGAAAUGUCUUUGCGCGACCAAAAAAAUCGUCGUCGCGCAAACAGAGUUAA